AAGCUGUUAAUCAAACUCCUAAUCAUAUCCUUGUUUGGCACUUCCACACUUACCACUCUCACUUCCCAAUUUUCUUUCGAAUCAUUAUGACACCUUUCUUCAUUCCCCAAUCACCUGAUCUUUCCAUUUCUUCACUGCUUUUUUCUUUCUCCAUUGUAUGCUCAUUUCUCUGAUCCAGAUCAGUUCUUUAUAUAUAAUUUCACCUUCUUUUUUCUCUCUGUCUCUAGUUUUGCAUGCACCCUUUUGUUUUACAAAGCUAUAUUUCAAGUUUCAAGGUUUGCAAACACCCUUUUAUGCAGAUCUGGGCAGCAUUUUCUUGAGCUGAAAAUUCAAAUAAACCAAGAUUCAAAGGGCUAGAUCCAAGUUUGGUAAUAAAGAUCCCUUUUUUUUUUUUUUUACCCUUUUAUUAUACUGUUGAUUAAAGGGACAUGUAAUUGUUAUAUUACAACAAGCAGCUUUUGUUUUUUUACUUUUCUUGAAUUGCUGUGGAGUUUGUUUUUGUAAAAGAACAAUUGGGGUUGGUUAAAGAUUGCUUCUUUGGAAUUAUUGUGGAAUUUAUUUGUGUAAAGAACAAUUGGUUGUUGUGAAAGAUGGAAAUUUCAAGUGGAUUGAGUCCAAGAGUGAACUCAGUUACAUCAGUUGAAGGUAAAAAAGAUGAACCAAAUCAUCAAAAUUUUGAAUUGGAAUCAAUCGAUACGGUUACACAAACGGAUCACCAGUUUCUUACUUUGAAUGCAUUGGAGAUUUUAAGGGAAACUGUGAGAAUUUUAAGGUAUAAUUCAAUAGGUUUCAUGGCAAUUGCUGCAUUGCUAAUUUGUCCUGUAUCUGCUGUUGUUUUAUCUAAUGUAUUAGUCUAUCAACCGUUUGUUUUGAGAUUGAGCAUAAGGUUAUUACUUGUAGCCAAAACAAGUGGACUUCCACUUAAGCCAUUUAUCAAACAGUCUUGUCAUAAGUUCUCCGAAGUCGUGAUUUCAGCUAUAAUGUGCUUCCCUAUGUACGUGACUUUAUCGCUGUUGUCGAAAGCUGCGAUAGUUUAUUCGGUUGAUUGCACUUACUCGAGGAAAAAGUUUGAUUAUCACAAGUUUUACGUGAUUAUGACCAAGAUUUGGAAACGGGUCGCUGUGACUUACUUAUGGGUUUGUGUGGUGAUUGCCGGUUGCCUCACGUUGUUUAUCGUACUUCUUGUUUCCGUGAGCAGUGUUUUCUCGAUCAUGGGGUUCCCUCCAGACUUGAUUUUGUACCCCGCGAUGGUAGUAGGGAUAAUUUUCUCGAUAAUUUUAGCGAAUGCUAUUAUUAUAUGCAACAUCGCGAUUGUGAUAUCAGUUUUAGAGGAUGACUCGGGCCCGCAGGCGUUGCUUAAGUCGAGUUCGCUUAUCAAGGGGCAGACGCAAGUUGGACUUCUGAUAUUUCUUGGUUCAACUAUUGGAAUGGCAAUCGUGCAGGGUUUAUUUGAGCAUAGAGUGAAGACAAUAAGUUAUGGAGAUGGAUCUUCAAGAUUAUGGGAAGGGCCGCUUUUGGUGUUAUUGUAUUCGUUCGUGAUACUUAUCGACUCCAUGAUGAGCACGGUUUUCUACUUCAGCUGUAAAUCGUAUAGAAUGGAAACCUCAAGUGAAGAAAGUCAACCUGUGCUAGAAGCCUUGACAAUUUCUUCCGCAUUAGCAGAAGUCCAAUAACAUGUUUGAAACUUAAAUUUAAGGCUCUGGAAGUUAUUUUGACGAGGAGGAAUUACGACGUGAAGUCUGGAUUCGCAUUCAAUUUGUGCAUCUCUUGAAGAGAAAAAAAGGGAUGAGUUGAAUUCCUCUUGGAGAAAGUUAUCAGAUGCUGGAGGCGGAUAAGUUAUGUUGUCUGCUAACAUACUACCAAAAGAAAAUCAUUUGAAAGAUGGUAAUUUUGGAUUUUUGCACAGUAAUAAACUGUUGAAAAGCUCAGCUGAGAUUUGAAAAUUUUAAACAAUGUACUUUUUCAUUCACAAUUUAUAAAGAUAUCUUGAAAUUUUCUUU